GAACUUUCUCCUGCGCUGAGAGUGGGCGUGUGCUCAGCACAGACAGGCCUCCCGGCAGGCUCUCCCCGCCUCCUCCUCCCCCCCCCCCCCGCUCAAAGGCAGAGCCACACACGCCUGCGCUGCCGUCCCCGCCUGCCCCAGAGCUCGCGCCUGCCCUGCCCACGGAGAUGUCUGCCCCUGUCCUGGCGCUGGCCAGCGGCCAGGCGCUGCCAGCCUUCCUGCUCUGCAGCACGCUGCUGGUCAUCAAGAUGUACGUGGUGGCUGUCAUCACGGGCCAAGUGAGGCUGCGGAAGAAGGCGUUUGCCAACCCUGAGGACGCCCUGAGACACGGAGGCCCCCAGUACUGCCGGAGCAACCAGGAUGUGGAGCGCUGCCUCAGAGCCCACCGGAAUGACAUGGAGACCAUCUACCCCUUCCUCUUCCUGGGCUUCGUCUACUCCUUCCUGGGGCCCAACCCCUUCGUCGCCCGGAUGCACUUCCUCAUCUUCUUCCUGGGCCGCAUGGUGCACACCGUGGCCUACCUGGGCAAGCUCCGGGCGCCCACCCGCUCCCUGGCCUACACCCUGGCCCAGCUGCCCUGCGCCUCCAUGGCCCUCCAGAUCGUCUGGGAAGCAGCGCGCCACCUGUGACCAGCGGCUGCCAAGGGCUCAGCGGGCAUGAGCCACUGUGACUGUGCCUGGGGGGGCCGGGCGUCCCCUCCAGAUCGUGCUUGCCCCGGGAACCUGGUUUCUUGGCGACCUGCUGAGCUCGGGGUCCCGGGCACCGUGGGCACAUGUGUGUGCACACGCACGUGGGCGCGCGUGCCUCGUGGAUUUCGGGGUGAAGUGACUGCCUGGACCAUGUAGCGACGGUUCUUGAAACUGACAGAACAUCCUUCCGCUCAAACACCAGCGCAGGAAAAGCCACAUUCCUUCUUCGUCCCUGAGAGUGAGGGAGACCCAGUUCAGGUUCCUAAAGAAAAUGAGCGUCUGGAUGCAGGGCUGUACUAAAUGCAAACUUUGAAGACCCCCCCCCCUUCCCGAGAUUCCAAUUCAGCUAGUUUAGAGGGGAACCCUAGGCAUCUACAUUUUUAUAAAGGUCCCCCGUAUCCCAACGAUGGCCGGGCCCGGAGCCACACUGCCAAGUCCCCUCAAGAAGCAGGACCCCGGACGGGGUGGGGUGUGAUGUUGCAACUUCUUUUGUGGUGGGAGUUUGGCGAGGUGGGGGUGGGAUUCCAUUCCUUGGAGCCUGUUGACACUCCCCGUGCUCAGUCUUCAUUCCUCUGCUGGAUCCUCCCCCACCACGUGCAGGUGCCGAGGAGGGGCCCACAGUGAGGGUCGCUGCUCUUCCAAAGCAGUUAGUCUCUCCUAAGGGCCAUAGAGCAGGGAGAAUGGGCCUUGAAUGACGAACCACUAAAAGGAACUGUCUGGCUCCUUCAGUAUCUGCAAGAUUUGAAAACCACAAAUGUGCACCCCUGUGUGUCUCCUAGACUCUUGUUCUAAGAUGUGUGUGGCUUUAAUCAUUAAAUGGAAGGGUCUGUCCGGCUCAGCCCACACCCCCUGCAAA